GGCACUGUCCUCGCUCGCAGCGUGUUUACGCCCUGAGACAGUCAUACGGGGGAAGCAGCUUGCUGGCGAGCAGACGGCCUGUCGCUUCCUGCCAUUCGCGGCGCGCCGGUGGCCCCAAGACCAGGAUGCCGUGGGGAAGAGGUGCCUCCCAGGCCUUGCUACAGCUGGCCGGCAGAGUUAGCGAGCGCCCGGGGGCCAGACGCUCCAGCCACUCCGAGAUGAACGAGGAGCCCUGGGCCACCUCCCAGGACCAGGCCGCCGCUGACCUCACGCCGUCCCCGGCGCGCCCGGAUAAGCUGUGCCUGGACUCCUUCUGGAGCGAGGUAGAGACCAUCCGGCAGGGCGGCUCCUACAGCGAGUCGGACGGCGCCCGGCGCGACUCCAAGAACUCAGAAGAGGGCGAGCAGGAGGUGCAGUGGCUGCAGGACGCCGGGCUGUCCACGCUGAUCAGUGGCGUCGACGGCGGCCACGAGGACGAGGUGGAGAAGGCGGUGCUGCUCUCCACCCUGACGCGCACGCAGGCCGCCGCCGUGCAGCGCCGCCUCGACUCCUACACCUGCUCCCUGCGCCGCAGGAACAAGCCCUCACCGCGGGACGUGCGGGACGUAUUUGCCCCGCUCACCGCCCCGACCACUGUGCCGGAAUCUCAGUACGCUGAGCAUCGCAGUCCCGAGAGCAGGAUGGAGACCCCUCCGACAGCCGUCAGUGUGGAGCCGCAGGUAGGGACUCAGAGGGAGGAGAUCUUCAUAACAGACAUUGCGUAUUGCGAACAGGCAGCCAUCCUCCUCAAACAGGCCAAGCUGCCGCAAAACAGCACCUCCCGCAGGAAAGAUGACGGCACUCUACCCAAGGUGAUCUGCCCCCAGUGUCGGCUGGGCGUUACCCACAUCCAGGACCUGUCCCAAGCGGACAUGAAGAAAGUGCGGCAGCUGGCUCUCAUCGACAUGACCGCCCUGUGUGAUCUUCUGGAGCUGGAGGUCAAGAGGCACAAGACCUGCAAGAGGAGGAUGCCAGAGGGCGCCCUCUUCGGGGUUCCUCUGGCCGUGCUGGUGGAGAGCGAUCAGAAGCUGAAGUCCUGCACCUCUAUCCCUCUCGUCCUCCAGGCACUGCUGUCCUUCCUGGAGAAGAAGGGCAUCGACUCGGAGGGCAUCCUGCGGGUUCCGGGGUCCCAAUCCAGGAUUAAGAUGCUGCAGCAGAAACUGGAGAGCACUUUUUACUCUGGGGACUUCAACUGGGAUGAGGUGAGCCCCAACGACGCGGCCGCCUUGCUGAAGAAGUUGAUCCGCGAGCUGCCGUCGCCGCUGCUGAGCGCCGAGUAUCUCAACACGUUCAGCGCCGUGCGCGACAUUCCUGAGCUGAAACAGAAGCUUCACAUGCUAAACCUGCUGGUCAUACUGCUUCCGGAAGCCAACCGGCACACACUGAAGGCGCUCCUGGAGUUCCUCAGUAAGGUGGUGUCCCGGGAGAAGCGGAACCGCAUGAACCUGUGGGCCGUCUCCACCAUCAUGGCGCCCAACCUCUUCUUGCACAAGGCCGUCCCCAGUCGGCUGACGGAGGGCAUGGAGAAGGGGCAAGCGGAGAGGGCAGCUGACAUCAUGAGGCUGCUCAUUCGCUACCAGGACCUGCUCUGGACGGUACCCAACUUCCUGAUGAGCCAGGUCCGCAAGCUGAACGAGAACAGCAGCCGGCGGUACCAGUUCUACGAUAAGCGCAUCAAGAACCUCCUGAGGAAGAUCCACACAGACAGCCGAGACAAGCCGGAGAAGCCUCCCUCAGAGCCCUGCCGAACCGUGAAGAUUCAGGUGGGCGACAUCUUGAGCAGCUCCGUUGAGGUCCACCUCAACAUCAACUCUCGCGCGGCAGACCUGCUGGCCCAGGUCCACCAAGACUUGUGCCGUUCUGACAGUGGCAAAGGGCUGAAAAGAAACGGCUGCUUCACCUACCAUGACUGUGCCAUUUAUGAAGUGGGCGGGAACAUUGGUGAGCACUGCCUGGAUCCCAACACCCACCUGCUGGACCUGUACAACAGCAACCCGGGGGGAGAGUGGGUGAUUAAGCUGAAAUCGGCAGCUAACAGAGGCCUCUGAGGAUAGAUCCAGAGACCCCACCCCGGCAACAGCACUUCGCUACUUUGAAUCCCUUGUGGGAAAAUCCUGACAUAACUGCUAUGGCCCUACCCCCGCCACUAGCGUGCGGAGACUGAGUGUGCGGCAGCCCACCAAGGGCUCCACCAAGGGGCUCCUCCAGGCGAUGGCGCUGGCAAGACAGGAGGAAACCUUCUAGAAACAUCUCUGAUGGACAUGAGAGGGAGGGGGCUUGGACAUGUGUUUCAAAAUCAGGCCGCCGUCCCCAAAGCUCUAUGAUCACCAUGACUUAUUGUCACAUGGAGAGGAAGGUCCGUAUUCAUGAAAGCUGCCGUCUUGGACCUCUGCAGGAGGUCCCCUGGAACAUGGACAGACAGUCCGAACUGCAAUUCCUCCAUGGACUCCUAGUAAGACAUUCCUUCUGUUAAAGAAGAACCUUCUUGAACAUUAACUGGGACAACGAAGCUGGACUUCUGCUUUUUCCUGCGAUUGAACGUUUUUUAAAAUAUUGCCUCGCGCAACCUAUUUAUGAAUGUUGUCAAGAAUGUUUGCGCGGAUAUUUAACUGCAGAGAAAUUCUCACGAAUGCGACACACAUGCGAAAGUCAUUAAGCCCUUAUUCUUCCUCUCCUUUUUCGUGUCGUACAUCGUUCGUAUUACCUGAGGUUCGUCUUAAUCGAUGUCUCCUAUAUAAACCGCAUGAAAUGUCAGUGUAUAUUAAACAGAAUCAACUCAAA